AUGACGUUGACGGGAUGGAGGCUGCUUUUGAACAGAGUUUUGUUCGUACCCCAGCGGUAUAUCCUGGGUCUUUUGGGUCUCUUUGCACUCGCAAAUGCAUUCACAAUGCGCGUAUGCUUGAGCAUGACAAUCACCCAAAUGGUGGUCCAUGCGGCGCCAUCUGAACAUAUCAUAGGUGAAACGUGCCCAGACGAUAACGAUUUAGUUAAUGAAACCUUAACAACAAAUGUUUCGAGCAUAUUGCCACCUGUAAGUAUGGUGUUUGGUGUUGGUCGGCAUCGUUAUGAUUGGGACGAAAAAACACAAGGGUUUCUUUUGAGCGCCUUCUAUUAUGGCUAUGUUCUAACUCAUUUACCUGGUGGCCGUUUGGCUGAGAAAUUUGGAGGCAAAUGGACGAUUGGUAUCAGUCUUUUGAUUACUUCUGUAGCUACUGUGGUAACUCCUUGGGCAGUGAGCGUAGGGGGUGCUCUGGGACUCUUCAUAAUAAGAGUAAUAGAAGGUGCUGGUGAAGGUCCCGUUACACCUGGUUUUGUACUCUUAUUGGCAAGAUGGGUUCCUCCUGCAGAAAGAUCACGAUUUGGCGCUAUGAUAUUUGGUGGAGCUCAGAUUGGUAAUAUCUUGGGCCCAUACAUAUCUGGUUUACUACUGGCUGACGGAGGUGACUGGGCCAACGUUUUUUACGUAUUUGGAGGCCUUGGUAUUAUAUGGUUUUUAUUUUGGGUGCUUCUUUGUUACAAUACUCCCAAUUCGCAUCCUUUUAUAUCGGAUCAAGAGCGCAAAUAUUUGAACGAAAACAUUGUAGCAUCCGGUCUCCACAAGAAAUUGGACCCCGUCCCUUUCAAAGCAUUGCUUCGAUCUGCUCCUCUUUGGUCUCUCGUUUUUGCAGCUGUAGGUCACGAUUGGGGCUACUUCACAAUGAUAACAGAUCUGCCAAAGUACUUCUCUGGAGUUCUUAAAUUUAAUAUCAAAGACACAGGACUCAUGUCAUCACUUCCAUAUAUCGCUAUGUACAUUUGCUCGUUUAUGUUUGCCUCAUUUUGUGAUAUUUGCAUCAAAAAGAAAUGGCACAGUAUUACAACAGGAAGAAAAAUAUAUACUACAGUUUCGUCAUCCUUGCCGGCCUUAUUUAUUAUUCUGGCCUCGUACUCUGGAUGCGACCGUCUUCAAGCUGUGGGCUUAUUUGUGGCGUCGAUGGCUUUCAUGGGAGGUUUCUAUAGUAGCGUGAAGAUUAAUGCAAUGGACAUCGCUCCAAAUUAUGCGGGUACCUGCUCGGCUAUGGUGAAUGGGUUGGCCGCUGUGUCUGGUAUCACUACGCCGUAUCUGAUCGGAUUGUUAACUCCGGAUCAAACAAUAGGACAAUGGAGGAUUGCAUUUUGGACUGUAUUCGCUGUGUUAGUUGGCACUAACAUUAUUUACCUGAUAUGGGGAUCUGGUGAACAACAGUGGUGGGACGAUGUAGAUAAGUACGGGUAUCCGCCAGAUUGGAAGCAUGGACCCUUCAAGAAAAGGCAAGAAGACACAGAGAAGAAAGUUGUCCACCCGAAACACGACCACUCGCCAAUAUCUGAUGAUUAA